AUGGUCAUGGGGGCGAGGAAGACGGAGGCGGUGAAGCCCAAGAAGACAGUAGCGGUGAAGCCAAGGGUCGUGGUAGCGGAGGAGCCCAAGGACCGAGAGGAAAAGAAGGAGAAGGUGCUACCACACCCACCACCGGAAGAGGUAGAGAUGAGAGUCUACAUGCACUGCAAGGGAUGUGCCAAGAAGGUCAAGAAGAUCCUUAAACGCUUCGAUGGAGUUGAGGAUGUGUUUGCUGACUGCAUAUCACGCAAGGUGGUGGUAAAGGGUAAGAAGGCAGCUGCCGAGCCGAUGAAGGUGAUGGAGUAUGUCCACAAAAAGACUGGCCACAUGGUGGAGCUCAUAUCGCCGAUACCACCUCCUCCGGAAGAGAAGAAAGAAGAGGAGAAGAAGGAGGAGCCCGAGCCACCCAAGCCGGAGGAGGAGCCGCCGGUGAUCACUGUUGUGCUCAAGAUGCGCAUCCACUGCAAUGCAUGUGCUCAGUGGAUCAUGAGGAGGAUCGUCACGAUGAAAGGGGUGCAAUCAGCUGAGCUAGACCUGGAGGCAUCGCAGGUGACAGUGAAGGGCGUUUUAGAGGAGGCCAAGCUGGCCCAGUGCGUGUACAGGCGCACCGGUAAGCAUGUGGCCAUCAUCAAGCCCGAGCCAGUCGCUCUGCUGGAGAGCGCUGGUGGCGACGACACCAUGGCCAACCAGGAGAAUGUGGUGGUGGAAGGCGGUGAGGGCAGUGGCAUCAACAACAAUGGUGGAGGAGAGGGUUAUUACAUGGAGAACAACACCGCGUCCUUCGCCGCGGGCAAUAUGUACACCUACUACCCGCAGCAGUUUGCAUACCCUGGGGGGUACUACAACAACUACUCACAGCCGCAGUACUACCCGCCGCCGCCGCCGCCGCCGGGUUACUUCUAUCAGCAGGCAGCAGCCUAUCCACCGCCGUCGUAUGGCCAUGGGAUGUACGCGCCGCACCACCACCAGAUGAUGGCGCCACAGAUGUUCAGCGAUGAGAACCCAAACGCAUGCUCCAUCAUGUAGAAGAGUGAUGGGGGUUUGGAGACAAUAAGAAGCCGGCCGGCCCGGGACCGGAAAGAAGGGAGCAGCAUAAUUUGAAGGUUAUCUUUGAAAAAAAAAGACCCUUGAACAGAGCAAAAUGCAAAUGGCAACUAGAACUAAAGUGCCAGCCUGUUUGAGGGGUUUAGAUUUCAAUUUCUGUUCUUCUUUUUUUGUAAGUUAUAAACUCCCGUUUUCAUCUUUCUGGAUAAAUUAAGUUUGGAUUUGUAAGUUUAGCAUCCUGGAUGCUAACGCUAUGUCGAGUUUGGCCUUGAACUGCCUCGACUUUAGACUUCUAUAAUAAUAUAUUGCAUGUUACAACCAUUU